CCCCGCCGCGCGUCGCAGUCUCAGCAGCAGCAUCAGCAUCCUCAGUAGCAACCGCGCUCGUCGGGACUGGAGCGGCCACCGCCUCCCGCGCAGGUCGAGGAUGAGCGUCGCCAGGUCCGCGUCGAGUGCCGCCCGGUUAUGAGCCAUGAAGCCGGUAACGCUGCAGCACCUCGUCGCCUGCGUCCUCUGCUGCUGGCUGCCGCCCCGGAGCUCGGCGGCCGCGUCUCAGGCUUCAGCCCAGCUGGAAAAUGGUCGCGGCUCCGAUCCCACCAUGCCCCCGACAGAAGGAGCAGCAGCAGCUGUACGGAACACAAGCGAAGCGGGCAUCCCUCAAGAAAUCACAUUCCCCUCCAGACUGGUGUACUAUCUCAACGAGGACUCGGAGAGCUCCAACCACAACCUCAACACCCAGGCCAGAAACCAGCAGAAGCAAGGCCAGGCCGUCCAUCUUGCCCAGGCCAGCUUUCAGCUCAAAGCUUUUGGCUCCCUCUUCAUUUUGGACCUCUUCUUAAACAGUGACCUCCUCUCUUCGGAUUACGUUGAAAUUCAUUAUGAAGAUGGCAGGCCCGUCGAAACGAAGGGUGGCGAGCACUGCUACUACCACGGGCAGAUUCGAGGCAACGACUUAUCCAGAGUCGCCAUGUCAACAUGCAACGGCCUCCAUGGCAUGUUUGAUGAUGGCAGACACAUGUACCUGAUUGAACCUUUGCGGCAGACUCACCACCAGGCAGACUUGGCGCGGCCGCACAUCAUCCAGAAAACUCAAGGACUUGGCUUGGCGCAGCAGACCAGUAAUGUGGGAGGCACCACAAGUGCAGCAUCUCAGUGGGCUCUGCUGGCAGACCUUUCCUGGAAGAGGAGAAAGAGAGCGGUGCCACACAGCGUGUUUGAAGAAAUGAAGUACCUUGAGCUCAUGAUCGUCAGCGACCACCGAACAUACAAGAGGCACAAGAGCAAGCAGCACACAAACAACGUGGCCAAAUCUGUGGUGAACCUGGUGGACGCAGUCUUUAAAGAGCAGCUUCACACCAGGGUGGUCCUGGUGGGCACAGAGGUCUGGACAGACAAGGACCAGAUCCCCAUCAGCGUCAAGCCCAUGCAGAUGCUCUGGGACUUCUCCAAGUACCGGCAGCACCACAUGAAGAAGCCGGCCGACGCGGUGCAUCUCUUCUCGAAUGUGACAUUUCACUAUGGCAGGAGCAGCAUUGCCUACUUUGGUGGCAUUUGUUCCUUGACUCGUGGCACGGGUGUCAAUGAGUAUGGCACAACAAUGGAAAUGGCGAGUUUCCUGCUGCAGAGCCUGGCACAGAAUCUGGGCAUCCAGUGGGAUCCUGCAUCUCGGAGAAAGGAGUGCGUUUGCCUCGAGUCCUGGGCGGGAUGCAUCAUGGAGGAGACAGGAGUGCAGCACAGCCGCAAGUUUUCCAAGUGCAGCAUUGCUGACUACAAGGAGUUCCUGAUGAAAGGCGGUGGAUCCUGUCUUUUCAACAAGCCCACCAAGCUCUUUGAGGCCACCGAGUGUGGUAACGGCUACGUGGAGCCUGGAGAGGAGUGCGACUGCGCUGGCCGAGCGGACUGCUAUGGGAACUGCUGUAAGAAGUGCUCUCUGUCCAAUGGCGCGCACUGCAGCGACGGGCCCUGCUGCAACAUCACGUGUCUGUUUUAUCCCCGAGGCUAUGACUGCCGCUAUUCUGUGAAUGAGUGUGACAUUACGGAAAUCUGCACCGGAGACUCUGGACAGUGUCCGCCCAACCUUCACAAGCAGGAUGGAUACACCUGUAACUCCAACCAGGGACGAUGCUACAACGGCGAGUGCAAGACGAGGGAUAACCAGUGCCGAUACGUUUGGGGUCCAAAGGCGAGCGGAUCAGACAAGCUGUGCUAUGAAAAACUGAACACCGAGGGGACGGAGAAAGGCAACUGCGGCAGGGACGGUGACAAGUGGCUCCAGUGCAGCAAGCAUGAUGUGUUUUGCGGAUUCCUCCUUUGUUCCAACAUUGGACGCUCUCCCCGGGUGGGCUUUCUUAAAGGGGACCUUUCUCCGUCGUCUUUCAACCACCAAGGGAGACUUGUGGAGUGCAGUGGCGGCCACGUCCUACUGGACGAUGAAACAAACCUCGGAUACGUGGAGGACGGGACGCCUUGUGGCCCCUCCAUGAUGUGCCUUGACAGAAAGUGCUUGCCUAUACAUUCACUCAACAUGAGCACCUGCCCCAUUGGCUCAAACGGGCAUGUGUGCUCAGCUCACGGGGUGUGCAAUAACGAGGCGACCUGUGCCUGCAACUCCACUUGGGCCGGGACAGACUGCAGCAUUUAUGACCCCAUCAAGAAGAGCCCCCCAAGCCCAGACACGGGGCCUAAGGUGAGCAUGGCCACUAACAGACUGAUAGGUGCAGUAGCAGGGACUGUUCUGGCCCUGGGGGUGAUUUUUGGAGGCACAGGGUGGGGAAUUGAAAAUGUGAAAAAGCGAAGGUACGACCCCAACGCUGGUGGUAUCUGAACACAUGAACUGCGCGUGUCUGCCCGAGACGCUGCCAGCUGAACUGGAACCACACAAUGUGCAGUGGGAUGAAAAGAGGAGACCCUGCACCGAGGAGAUUCCAAACCCACCGUAGGAUUCUGCACUCUCAUCAACUAGGCAUGACUUCUUUAAAAGACAAAAAAACAAACAAAAUAAAAACUCUCCUGGCAUGAAGAUUUCUUUCUGAAGGUACCUGCAUGGCACAAGCUACGAGGAGCAGAGCGGCGGCGCCAUCCCCGUCGCCUGGCACCGCGUAUCCACGGCCGACUCGGGGCGCACGCUGGAGCCGUGCAAGGUGCCCGCCGGCUUGUUGGUUGUUUUUUUUGGUUUUCCUUUGAGACUUCUCAGCAUGUGGUCUUCAGCGGGCAUUCUUGGCGGCUGGAGAAGCUCGAUUUGCACUCUGCUUGGCGUCGGAUCUCUUUGGUUCCCAGAGCACACGGAUGGGAGUCCCUGCAGCCUGCCGCCAUCUUCAACUGUGUACAGUAUUUGACCAAAUAUGCAAGAGACGUCAUAAGGGUGGCGCAAACCAAAGACGAAGAGGAGGUGCAAAGCCCGAUGCCCGCCACGGCGUUUCGUUGCCAUUCUCACGGCUCUCGCUCCGCUCUGUGACUCGACCCCCUCGUCUUUCCGUCCCGUGGCGGGGCGCAGGCUGCGGCGGUCGGAGGGCGCCGCCAUGUCCUCGCGUGGAUUUCGGCGCCCCCUUUCCUCUGCUGGCUUUGCCUUUCUGUUCCAUUCGCGCCCCCCCCCCUGCUGGAAUGCUGCAUGUCCGUCCGCGAGCCCGAGGUCUGCGAGAAUCGGUGCAUGUCGACAAGAAGCGCAUUUACUGGACCCUUCAUUUACUAUGCAAAGAGCGAUGCUGCACAGCGUCCGGAAACGCUAAUGCCAAUGUCCUGUGCACGUGGGGGUCACUUGAGUGCCUGGCGAUGGUGGCAACGAGUACCACGCUGUACUGCUACUGGGAGUGGGAGGAGUCCCCGUAAUCACAUUGCACUUGAGACUUGGUGGGUGGGGCCUGCAUAAUAUGUCUAGUGGGAGUGAAUUGGGCGGGGUCUGUGUAGUGCUUGGUCAUUGGCUUGGUGAAAUCGGUGGGGGUGGGCUUCAUUAAUUCAGGGUGGUCAACCGAGGAGGAGGAGGAGCCUGAAAUGUGUCCAUACUGAAGGCGUCGCAGUCGGGGGUCUGUGUAGUCACAUGGUGCAGUGGGUGGCGGCUCCACCCAUCCCGGGCUCAGCUCCCAGAGGGGGUGGGGCUCCUAACUGGGCGUGGCCUUAUGGCUUGUCACCAGAAACAGCAAGUGCAGCCCCCCCUUAGCUGAAGUGUCACCUACAGGAACAACGAGAGCAUCGCUGGAAGAAGGUGUGGAGCCUUGUCAGUCUUGGGCAGCGUUGGUGGACACACUGGCAUUAGCUAAUCAUGUGGGUGCCCGCUGUGUACCCAAGGUGGUCCAAACUAAGUGAAACUUUUAGCACGACUUCUGUUUCUAGUAGCAGCAGCACCACCUUCAUGUGGUCUGCUCGUCACAAUGUCACCUCGUUGUCCUUCUAGUGUAGCCCCUCAGCCCAGGGAGAGAGGACACAUUCACUGAGUGCCACCGUUCUUGGCAUAGACAUGUCCACCAGCAGCCCAAAUAAUGUCACGCUUGUCAUUGUGCCAGAGUUUGGCUUACUUUGACCCGCGCCGCCGUGCCCAAAGUCACCAUUAGUGGCCAAGGUGACAAAACAAGCUGAAUGAAGGGAGCGAGUAAGUGGAGGACGAGAGAGAGGGUCUCCACGUACCCCUCACAGAGCCGCCGGUCUGACCCCUUCAGCCCCCCCCCACUCCCUGUAGUCAGGUCACAGCGCCCCCUGUUGAACGGCAGGCGCUUAUGGACCCCUAAACCCACCUUCUGCCGCCCCCUAGUGUCACCCUUGUCACUUAGGUGAGGCGUCUGACAGACACACACAGUCGCUUGGCUUGUUCCAUAAAGCAUUUUGUCACCUCGCUGACCUUCCUGAAGUGACAUUCGCCUUCUUUACCGCAGUAUUCAGGACACCGUAGUGGCCAUCGGACUUGGCGGGCUUAUCUUGUCUUUGGGGUCUCCUUAGUCGUGUCAAGUUUACAACUGGGAUUAAUAUGAGUGGGGUCUCUGUGAUCGCACUGGCAGGAGGUGGGUGGCACCGUGUAGAGCUGAGACGGUGGAGCCCGACACCAAAGAGACGCUUGGUGACUGCAGGACAUUCAUAUUGGGGUCACAGUGGGUGGAGUCUCAAGGAUGACAUGGGGGGGUGCAGUAUAAGGUGAGACUUGUCACGCAGACCACCGCGAUGCAGUGAAGUAGGUGGAGCCAAAUGAGGAGGUGGGCGGGGCUUUAGUGAUUGUGUGGGAGUGGAGAGGAGGUGGGCGGGGCCUUAGUGACUGUGUGGGAGUGGAGAGGAGGUGGGCGGGGCCUGCUGCCAUCGUGCUGGUGGUGGGGCUGAGACCCCCGCGUGUUCUGGCACUUUCCAGCUAAUGGAGUUUUGUGGGUCACAGGGUCCUCUUGCGAUGCCAGCACAGCUUCAUGUUAUUGGAUGGCAUUGACAAAAUAAACGAUGGCAUAUUUGAUGCGGUUUUCCAUCA